GGCUCCGCGGUGCGCGUGGGCGGCGGGGGGGGCGACCGGCGUGGGCGGCGGCCCUCUGCUGCUGGGGCCCGUCGCCAACUCGAGCGAGCCGCGCUGCGCCAACGUCUCCAGCGUCCACUACAGCCUCGACAUGCUGCUGGGCACCUGGUACGUGGUCGAGGUCAUCUCGCCGGUGUCUGUGGGGACGGUGUGCGACGGCUUCCAGCUGACCAAGCUGAACGUGAGCCGAGCCUGGGAGGACCUGGAGGCGGAGGCGGUCAUCAUGAGCCGCUUCGGGAGACUGCCCGGAGGCCCCACCAUCUACUUCAACCGCACCAUGCUGGUGGGAGGCGGCGCGGGGGCGUCCAGCGACGGCCAGCACGAGGAGACCAGGGGCCCCAUGCUGUACGACCAGCUGGCGGUGACGGAUUACUCGCCGGGCGGCCGCUACCUCAGCAUCACGGCCUGCCACGAGGGUCAGCACUGGACGUACGUGUACGGCCGCCAGCCCGCCCCCGCCGCCCCCGAGGAAAUUCGGGCGCUGCACGCGCGCCUCGCCGCCGCCGGCGUGUCCGUCUCCGCCUCUGGCACCACCACCACCACCACCACCACACCCACCGCCCCCACAGCCUCCACCACCUCCGUCGUAGACGACUCCGAGAACGACGCCUCCGGUUCCGGCAGGGGAGGGCAGGCGGCAGCGGCGGCCACGGAGAUGCCGACGUCGACAGCACACGACCGGACGCCGCCUCCCUGGUGGCCCGGCCUCACGACGCCCACGCCGGCGCCGCUGCCCGUGUUCAACAUCACCGAGUGCGGUUGGUAGAUGUCCUGAAGACGUCGCUGUGGGCGAAAUGUUCGUUGUGUGCCCAAUGUCCUCGAGAACUGAUGUACUUAACCAAAAUGGGUCUGAGUUGGAAGGCGGCCCAAAUUUGAGCCGGUUUUAGCACCUCGAUUCACAAAAGACUGGCAACCGAUGAAAUUUAUUAUGUUUUCCACCUUACACUGAGUAACACUGGAUGGUAAUAACUUCUUUCUUUAAGACUGAACAAGAUCGUGCUUCAGUUACGACACAGUUUAAUUUUUUUGCCCUGCGCAGAGCGCUAUGCAAUGGCCGGCAACACCCCCUCCCUCCACAUCCUCUUAGAUGCCACGUAUAAUUAGAUUCCCUACACAAUUCGCUAACACUGUCUAUCAAUACACGUGGCUCCUUCUAACAUGAUGCACACUGUAGAGACUCCUAUCUUGUCCACUCCACUCCCAAUCACAGUAAUAUCACUCAACCAAGCAAUGCCUUUUCGUCUAAAGCAAAUGAACUAACAGUACAGCCUUAGUGUCCCAUUCUCAGCAUAUACGACAAGAAAUUGCAAAUAUGUACAAACAUUGGAGAAUUAACGAGUGUAGGGACACAGUGUCAUUGAGUUCAACUGGCAGACACGCUGAAGAGGCCAAUUUGUUAGCAACUUCAUGUGAACAGACGGGUUUACUAAAUCAAAGAGUUAUCAACUACCAGGUUGCCUCACGUUAGGUGGCUAUAUCGAUGCGCCAUGCUCGUAGACUGUUGCAGUGAUGCCAGGUAGCCAUAUAGCACGCAUUCUUAGCAUGCGUGACCCACUUGACCAUCCCUACCCGUGUAGCUUGGUUGCCAGGCUGCCCGUGCAUCAGCUACUUCCCCACCCCUGCCCAUUGUUGCCUAUCAUCGCAGAAAGUAAGCGAAAGAGAGUUCUUUUCAGUGUUACCUGUUUUCUCUCCGUCUAUGUCCCAUACCACUCAUACACUGGCCAUGCUCUCUGCUGCCAAAAGGCUGUGCUGGUGCAAGCCUCAUGUCACGACAGGCUUUCUCCUGACUUACAAACACUUCUUCAUGUAGCUUUAAAUGUCUUGUGUCUCACGAAAACCAAUAUGAACACUGCAGCAGCAAAUCAGCCGUCACUACACUCACAAUGAGACGAAAAUCAAGUGUGAACGUUCAGAACACAAUCAGCAUAUGGACUUGCCACACUGGUCUGCCUGAGUUACGCAAUUGGCUGGCACAUGACAGGAACGCUACUGUGCACACACACCUUCCCUCAUCAGCAACACAGCCCACGUUCUUACACGCUCACUCCACCGAAAACACCCUUCUACCACCAAACUUGUUUUCUUCCAAAGUAAAGGCACUAAUAUCGACUGAGGUGCGGAAAUUCAGCAAAAUCCGUACACCAUCUUUCUUGGCAGCUAGUAUCACGCUUUUCGUACUAAGGUUUGUACCGAGUGCCCAAUAAUCAAGUGCAUAACCGGUGAAGAUACAUUCUGCUACCCAAAUUAAGUACUUAACACCCGAUGAGCUGCACCAGACGUUACACAGAUGUCCUAAAGAUGAAUCUUACCAAAGAGGUGAGUGCCAAGACCGUCCUUUGCCAGCUGAUGAGAUUACAUUGCUAGUAUUCACUACCGUAAUACUUAAAUGCUUUACAUUGUAAACUUGUACCAUCGUCUAUCAAUGACAUAGAAUAUUAGCGACAUUUGCUUUGUCAUAUUAGAGACAGUACCAAAAUUUUGGACGUGUCUCAUAAUAAAUGAGGUUUCGAUACCACGCUUGCUUAUCAAUACGUGCUUAUGGGACAUAUUUCGCUUGCCACGAAGUGCAGCAUGUAAUUUCACACGUAAUGGCCAAUUCUCUACAUUCUCACAUACAUCGUAAACGUAACAGGACAGGCGCUGGGAAGCUGAAAACGUUGAAGAAUACACCUGCUCUUGAAUUUUCGACGGUUAAGUGAAUGGGAGGCGACUAGAAUAAUUGUGACUUGUACGAGUACUGAGUGAUAUCAAUAGCUUUGUGUCAUGUGUAACUACAGGUACUGUUUCCUAUAAUUUCCACUAUCUGGUAAUAAAAGAAGUAAGAAACA